AUGGCGGAGUUCUUGCAGCGGGUGCAAUCCGUCGUCUGGAACAGGAAGCUCAUCCGGACGGCGAAGGGGCACUACCUUGGUCUUGGGCCCGAAAAAACCGAAGUGGGAGACGGCACCGAUGGCAAACCAGUCUACACUCUCGUAGGCGAGGCAUACGUGCAUGGAAAGAUGGAUGGUGAGGCUAUUGAUUUCCAAGUGGAGAACCAAAUUCUCGUCGAAAAGUUCGAGCUCGAGUAA